AUGGAAGCUAAAUUUGAUCAAAUUGCAAAGAACUAUUCGUCCUCAAUUCACAACUUGGAGGUGCAGAUAGGCCAACUAGCCAAUGUUGUUUCGGCUAGGAACCAAGGCAAUUUACCAAGCAACACUGAGACUUAUCCAAGGGAGCAGCUCAAAGCAAUUUCACUAAGGAGUGGGAAAGUGCUGGAGCCAAAGCAGGAUGUGCAAAGUAAGAGGACAGGUACAGAUGUUGAGAGUCCUUCAUUAACCAAUGCUAAAAUCUAUGAUGAAGAAACUGGUGAUAAGUUAGAGGGGAACCAAGGUGACAAGGAGAAUCACUCUAAUGCCCAACCUCCACCCUAUAAGCUGCAAAUCAAUAUUCCUUUUGUUGAGGCUCUUGUUCAAAUGCCUCAAUAUGCUAAAUUUUUUAAGGAGAUCAUCAAUAAUAAGAAGAGAUGGGAGGAUGACCAAACUGUCCCAUUGACUGAAAAGUGCAGUUCAAUCAUCACCAGCAAGAUGCCUGCCAAAUUGAAAGACCCAGGGAGUUUUACAAUUCCAUGUGUUGUUGGUAGCAUUGAGUUUACUAAGUGUUUGUGUGAUUUAGGUGCUAGCAUUAAUUUGAUGUCCUUGUCUAUUUUCAGGAAACUUGGCCUGGGGGAAGUGAAACCUACCUUGAUGACUUUGCAGCUGGCGGAUCAUUCCAUCAAGAAACUUCAUGGCGUGGUUGAGGAUGUACUUGUGAAAGUGGACAAGUUUAUAUUCCAUGUGGACUUUGUUGUGCUCGAUUUUGAGGAGGAUCGUGAUUGCACCUUGAUCCUUGGCAGACCAUUUCUAAACAUAGGGAAAGCCUUGGUUGAUGUGUAUGAAGGAAAGCUGAGCCUUCAAAUUGGGGAAGACAAAGUGGAGUUUAACAUGUCCAAGGCUAUGAAGCAUCCUAUGGAGGAAGAACUUUGUAUGAGAAUUGAUGUGAUCGAUUCAUGUGUGAAAGAAGUAUGUCAAGUUAGUGAGGUAGAACAAGAUUUUGAAGAAGAUGUCAACGGUCUGCACCUCAAACCAUAUGUAGCGGAUGAAGCAUUGCCUCCCCCACCAACUGUGUACCUAGAUGUUCAUUGA